CCGCGUUGAAACCCAGCAGGCCAACAACAGAUUUUCUUCUCCUCUCUCUCUCUCGGGUCAUACGGCCAGAAACAAGCAAAGGAUUCGGCCACGCCUGCUCUCGACUCUUGACUUCCCAUUCCAUCCCCCAUUUUCCCACCACUGACCUGACCUGACCUGACCGCCCGCCCUCGAUCACAUCAUCCCCUUCCCCCGGCCCGCCCGGCGUCCAAAUCCAUCCGGCUGAUACCACCUCGCCGUCCCGUCCCAUCCGCCACCGCCUCCGCCUCCGCCUCCGCCUCCGCCGCCGCGCCAUGGAUCCCUUCCACCACCUCAACACCUCCUUCUCCAACCCGUACCACCCGCUCCUCUCCCCAUCGCCGCCGCACCACCCGCACUUCCCUCCGCUCCCGCCGCUGCCCGACCCGCCCCACCACCAGCUGCCAUCCGCCUCCGCCGCCUCCAGCGCCGCCGCCGCCACCAGCCUCGAGCGGGACCGCCUGCCGCAGUGGUCCCACGCCGAGACGGCCGCGUUCCUCGCCGUCCGCGCCGACCUCGACCACUCCUUCCUCACCACCAAGCGCAACAAGGCGCUCUGGGAGGCCGUCUCCGCGCGCCUCCACGCGCAGGGCUUCGCCCGCACCCCGGACCAGUGUAAGUCCAAGUGGAAGAACCUCGUCACCAGGUUCAAAGGCACCGAGGCCGCCGCCGCCGCCGCCGCCGCUGCGGCGGCGGCGGCCGUCGUCGACCCGGCUUCCGCGUCCGCCGCGCAAUCGAGGCCGCAGUUCCCGUUCCACGACGAGGUGAGGCGGAUCUUCGACGCCAGGGCUGAGCGCGCGCAAGCAUUGGAGAGGAAGAGGGCCAAGGGCAAGGGCGUGCGGGACCGGGACGACGAAGGCGCCGGCGAGGGCGAGGACGUCGACGAGGAGGACGAAGAUGACGAGAUCGAGGCGGACGCCGCGGAGGCGGCGGUUGGCGGCGACGAGGAACUGCCGGUGGACGCGAGCAGGUCAGGCGGCGGCGGCGGCGGCGGGACGAAGAAGCGCAGGCGGAAGCAGCAGCAGCAGGCGGCGCGGGCUGCUAGGGUGGCCGCGGACCAGGGCGAGGUGGAGGCCAUGCUGCGCGAGUUCAUGCGCCGCCAGGCCGAGAUGGAGGAGCGAUGGGUGGAGGCCGCCGAGGCGCGCGAGGCCGAGCGGCGCGCGCGCGAGGAGGAGUGGCGCGCCGCCAUGGUCGCGCUCGGCGAGGAACGGCUCGCGCUCGUGCGGCGGUGGCGGGAGCGCGAGGACGCCUGGCGCGCGCGCGCCGAGGAGCGCGAGGAGCGCCGGCACCAGCUCGUCGCCGCGCUGCUCGCCAAGCUCGGCGGCGGCGGCGGCGGCGGCGGCGACUCGUGAUGACUGAUGAGUCGCGCGUCGGUCGCCAUGCAUGCAUCCAUCGAUCCAUCAGCCGUCGCGCGCGACGCGACCUCGUCCGUCCAAAACCCCCCCGCCCACCGGUACGGACCAAACCCAAGCACGCCCUACUCGCUCAUCCUCAUCGUCAUGUCAUCUUCAUCGUCCGUACGUAGUGUACAACCAAAGCUAGCUAUAUAUAUACACCUCCAUGCAUUGAUCGAGUGCAAGCAACUCCGUCGAUCUACUGCUAAUCAUAUAAAUCAAUCUUCUGAUGCACACAACCCUACUUCUUGUUGGAUUCUUGCUCAGGAGCAACGAUGUUUCACCGCGAAGAGCGCGCAUCGGCCGGAUAGCUACUCAUGAUCUAGCUACUUUAUUUAGAUGGUCGUCGUCGAUCACUUGAUCCAUCCAUCCAUCCAUGAUCUUUGUUGAUUAGGGUUUUUCUGCUAGGCAGCUAGUGAGAACACAGGUUAGUAAUGAGGUGUAUACAUGCAUGCUCAUCAGGUGGUGAAAAGGGUUUAUGAUUUUUAUUGCAGCUCAUGCAUGCAAUCUCAUCUUUGUUUAUUAGCCAUGCACCCUAAUGAUGAUAACUGAUAUCUCUGGUUCUAUUACUAACUAGCUUAGCUAUAGUCUCAUCAUCAGCUUCAGGAUCGAUCGGCUUUGAGAGCUUUAUUUCUGGCUUUACAAGUGCAUGGAUGCAUCAUACUAGCUUCUCCUUGGUACUUCUCCAUAGAUCUCCCCCUCCUCUUCCGUCUUUAGUCUUUACAAGAUGAUCUGUAGGACCAACCGCACCAUGGUCGGUGCUUUCCACUCGAAAACGAAAACGGGUGUGUGUGCCUCAUCAGUAAUGAUAUGUCUCUGCAAAACUUGCGUAGCUUUUGCGCGACACGGCCUAGUAGCCGCAAGAUCUUUCUUGGUUUCCCUCUCUUUUCAGUUGCAUGGGUAAAGAUAUAUGCAUCUCACUAAGCUAGCGAAAAGAGAUUUGCAUCUGAAAAGUUGUAGGACAGGACUGGCCUGCCCAGCCGGCUCUAGGAUGAUCAGGAAAGAGUGGAGAGGAUGCAUGGUGGAUACUGGAAGCACAUGGUUGCUGAUAGAGGGUGCAGGAGCCUCCUUUGCUUUGCUUUGCUUAUCAUACAGGGAGGGUAUCGAUGCCCCUGCGGCCUUCGAUCGUGUUCUGUUGCAAAAAUUCAGAGGUGUCCAGCAGAAGCCACUACUGCAUAUACAUGAUCAGCUCGUCCCUAAUGAUGUGUGAACCGCGUGUCAUAGAAUGCAUCAUGGCUUCUUGCAGACAGUGGGCGCAUCGCAUGCGUGUGGUAUGAACCCAUCAGCACGCACAGUGUGUACGUAGGGAAGUAGUAGGGUCGUAGUAUGAAACCGCGUUACAUAUAUAGUAGUACAUCAUAUCCCAGAGAUCGACGUUCGGCCGAGAAAUUGCUGGCUCUCUAUAUUUAUAUGUGGUUUAGCUA